ACGAGAACUCUACUCUCUCCCAUAUAACACUCACAUGGGGUAUAAUAAUAUCCACUGCUUACCUACCUCCUUUUACCUGUGUGUAAUAAGCCCCAUCAGUCACCAGCAGCAGACCAAGAAACCUACGCCAGUCGCAGAAUACAUAUAAAAAGGAAGCGUAGUAGUAUUAAAAAAGGCAACCAGCGGUACUCAUGGUUCGUGGUGGUGGUGGUGGAAAGAGUUUUUCUUCAUCUUGAAGCUAUUAGAAUCUUGAGCUUGACUUGAUCAUCACUUUUUACUUGCUUCAUCUUCCUCUCGAAUGGAGGAGCCAAUAAUAAUAACAGGAGAAGUCUUUCCCAAAAAGAAGCAGCAGGAGAAGCAGGAGGAGCGGAAUAAUAAUAAUUUAAGCUUUUUCCUUCUCAUCAUGAUCAUCCUCGUAUUGAAUGAGUAGCCAACAAAACUCGCAAUCUACAAAGGCAAGAUGUGAAUCUCAGCCGUCAUCUUCCUCUGAUCGGUAUCGCUCCUGUCAGCUACUUGUCACAGACGCAGAAGAAGGACGACGAGUGAAAGUAGAAAGCAAGUGAGCAGCAAAAAGGGAGAAAAGAGUGAGUGGUUCGACUGCUGCUGCUGCUGCUGCUGCAACAUCUGAUCAUCACCCAGCCACUCUGUUGUUCUCUUAUAUCCACGACUAGCCGUAGUUCCUGUGUGGCUUUUGUAAAGUUCUAUGUGUACUGUACAAGUAAUCGAGAACGGUAUUACAGUAGUGGUGUGUGAGUAGUAGUAGAGAGAUUCGUGGUGAAAGCACACUCACCAGCAGCAGAAAGAAUGACUCAACUCUGGUAAAAAGUGGUCAGAUAAUAGAGCACAGCCACACACACACACACAACUAAAACUGCUGCAAGACACAAUUUGAAUUAUUAAACUUUCAAUUAACUUCUUUGUGAGUGGGGUGGGUUUGGUCGAAUUACGGGUGUGGAGGAGGAGGUCGCAACGGAGUGGUGACCUCUGGGCUUUUAUCGUAACAAUAGUGUGAUCCGCUACGACCUUGACAAAAACAAGGUCCUAAUUUAUUUGUGCAUUUCGUAUUUUUUUCUUUUUAUACAACUGAUAAGUUAUUAGUGAGGAAAAAAUUUAGUAAUCCAGUUCAAUCCACCACUAAAAUUCUGACUGAGCAACUUUUUUAAAAAUCUAUGUUGUCUUUUUGCUUGGUCAGCAGUAUUAAUUAAUUUAUUACUCUUAUUAUUAUUAUUAUUACCAUUUUACCGUCAUCGUUUUCGUAAACUUUUAUUGAUCUUAACUUCUUGUCAACCAACGACACAGCAUUUUCGUAUGGAUUUUUAUUCCGAAUCAAUAUCAUUGCUUGGGUCGUCAUCAUCUUGAAUUUAUAAUAUCUUACUUAUUGCUCCAAGUUUUUAUCUCAUUAUUAUUAUUUUAAUUAUUACAACGUAACACAUCGAAAACUUCGCAGUCAUUCUAGUUGUCUAGUUACUUUUUUUAAAUAACAAUCUUGUAAAAAAUAUUUACCAGCCAGCCUGUCACCCGUUCGUCAGUCAGUUCAAUCUGUCUAUCUAAAAAUACACGAUAAGCAUUUAUUUACUGCUUUUAAUCUAAUCUAAUUUUUUGUUAGUCCUAAGAAAAUAAGCAAAGAGAGUGAUUAUUUUGAAAGGCAAAGGGUGGAGCAUUGAAUCAAGUGUACAAGGAAAAAGUGAAACAAUCAGUUAAGUAUAGUAAGGUUUUUGUGUGAUAUGUAAUUAUAAUAAUUAAUUUUCUUCUUAAUAAGAAACAAAAUCUCUUUUUUGGCGUGAAGAAGAAGUCAGAUAUAAAGCUGACGCCAAGGUUGUCGUUUAUUUUACGGUCUCGGUGGAUAACAUAGUUAUUAAACUAAGGAAAUCGUAUAGUAGGAUAACUUAAGGGGGAAAUAGUUUGAGGGCGACACGCACGGAGGGGAGAGGGGGAGGAGGAUCAUGACUUUUUGUUUCUUCCUUCCGUCACCACAUCAUCCGAAUACUUUCGUCGUCGCCGUCGUCGUCGGAAUUCAUUUUAAGUUGUGAAUCGUCGUCUUACGAAAAUCGCUUCAAGCUGGAUAGGUUACCAGAAUACCUCCGCGACACCGUGGAUUGGUUUAUGGGGAAAGCUCGUCGAAAAGAGAAGGAUUCAACUGGCGGGCCUCCCGUGUCAGGAGUUGGAUAUGGGGGUGUAGGUGGGUUUGGGAGCAAUGAGGACGGAAAACUGGGGAAGCUGUACCUCGAAACUGCACUCUUGGAAAGACAUCUGAAUGAGACUGAUUUAAAGCAUCUGGUCGAAAUGCCGACGGGAUUAGAAGAAAAUGAGUGGAUGGCUUCUCACACUAUAGCUUUGUUUGAGCACGUUAACUUGAUUUACGGAACCAUAUCAGAGUUUUGUACGUCAACAAGCUGUCCUGAUAUGAAUGGUCCGUGCAUGAGAACGUAUCUGUGGUUUGAUGAAAAAGGAAAGAAAGUGAAAGUAGCCGCUCCGCAGUAUAUCGACUAUGUGAUGACUUUUAUUCAGAAAACAAUCAACGAUGAGUGCGUAUUCCCCACAAAGACUACCAAUGCGUUUCCUCCAUCCUUCAAACCGAUCGUGAAAAAGAUUUGUCGAUUACUUUUUCAUGUCAUAGCACACAUAUACCAUUGUCACUUUAAAGAAGUCGUUCUUCUCAGCCUUCACGCUCACCUUAACCUUAAGGGUGGAUACGGGUAUAGUCCUUCCGCCACCGCUACCACCUCAAUGGAGGACAAUCAAGAUCCACUCCCAGCACCCCUGAUUCACUUGGUGUUUGCGCAUUUCACGUUAUUUAACGAAACCUUUAAACUAGUUGAAGACAAAGAAACUGAAAUAUUACAGGAUCUCUCAUUAGCAAUGAGGCUAAGCAGAAGUGAUGUUCCGAACGACUCUAACAAAGAAAAUAUUAGUGUAACACAACCUUCCGCAAACUCGAGUCAAGGAUUGCCCGACGCUGUCACGUCAUCUUCGGGAUCGGGAUUUGAUUCCAUUACAGAAGGUUCACUUAUCAAACCAACUGCCUUAAUCAAUUCAGAUGAUUCGGAGCAUUUAUAAAUAAUCAAGACUAUUGGCGGAGAUACAAAAGAAGAUAAUGAAAAAAGGUUCUCUGUUCCCAUAAAGCUUAUUGCUGUAAUUCUUUCUGGUCACGCAGUAUUUACUCUCCAGAGGCGAAUACUGUACAUACAUACAUAAAUCACUUUUGUGUGAGUAUUAUAAUUAAUUGACAAACACACCUAAAUCUCUAUAUUGUUAAAACUUCCUGUUGGGGAGAGAGGGAUGAUGUUAAUAUUAUAAUUAUGUUUCCUCUGAGUAGACGACGACUUAACUUUUAAUGGUUUAAAAAAAUAACCAAAAAAUAUUUUCAUAGUAUCGUGAUGUAGAAAUUGUGCGUACCUGAUAACCUUUGCGACACGUCAUGUUACACCAUCAUCCAUGGAGUUGACGUUGCACCGUUAAUUGCUCCCAAAUUUAUGAGCCGCCUGUAUUAUUGCAGCUUGCAAUUUACCAGUUAUAGUUCCAUCAUCAUCAGGAUUCGGAUUUUUUUUAAUUCUCAGUUUUUUGUCGUGAGGGUUGAUUUGUUUCUAAUAAAUGUAAUAAGUUGUAUUGUAGCAAUUUGUCGUCAUUCGUUCCUUGGUUGUACAGACAGAGUCAUCCUAUCAUGCAUGCGGAGUUAAGUGUUGUUGUGGAUGGGCAGGCAAUCUUUACUAUUACUAAGUAAGAAGCAGAGGCUAGCAGAACAAUAUGUGCCUAUUAUAAUAUUGCGUAUAUAUUCAACUGGAUAAAAAACAUGUAACAUAUUCAUCUAGCUUGUGAUUGCUUUCUUGUAAAAAAAAUCAUUAUUACCACACUAUAUCUUUUAUUACCUCCUCUGGAAAAUUUUUUUAAAGUUAUUGAAUCAAAAUCUACCAAGAAGAAGGAUAUAAUGAGGAGCAACUGCCCCAGCUAGAAAGCAGCCUUUUCAAAAAAAAAGUCCAGACGCUAUAAAAUGAUGAUGACGAUGAUUAUGAUAACAACUCUGUAUCUUUUUAAAAAUGACCUAGCACAGUUAUCACGUGACGCAUCGAUCGAUUGAGUAUAAAAAGAAAGCUCUUUGUCGCAAACUAAUAUAUAUAAAUAUAUACUUAUACAAAUAUAUAGUGAUGACUAAAUGUCCACUAAUUUCGAGAGAGAAAUACAAACCUCAACCUACCAUCAUCCACAAAUAAAUGUCAAUGUUAAGUUAUUAGAACUGGAAUCAAAUGAGUGAACAUAUAUAAUAAACGUGAUGAAAUGAUA